CAUUGACACAAUUGCUGCAACUAGUUUUAACCACAUGCAUAAUUACAUUAAUGCAUCAAAUUUGGAUCAAGAUUAUUGUGAAAAGAAAGUGAAAUUAACUAAUUUGGAUGAAUGGAAACUUUCCACAGAAAUGUUCACAGGGUUGACUUUAUUUUUUACACAAUCUAACUAGGUCAGGCAGUUUUAUUGGAUUAUUGGGCAUAUUUGGAAUGUUGAGAAAGUGUGGAUAAUUGCCCAAAAUGGCUGCUUUGGGGAAAUUUGAUUGUUCAAAAAAUUACUGCCAUUGUAGAAGCAACAAGUCACAAUCACACAGAAACUAAUGGGAUUGCUCUUCGAACAAUCUGUCUUUCUUGUUCACCCUUUCAGAGCAGCUACACUUCCCAUUGAUCAUAUUCAAGAGAAUUAUGUUCGCGAGGUUCAAGAUUGUAUUUUUUCUGUUGGAUAUCCUACACCAUUUAAAUCCAGAGUUCUACUUGUAGCUGUUUCAGAGGAAGUCCUGGAAGAUAUUCUGGACUUAGACAUGUCUGUCUCAGGCUCAGAUGGUUUUCUACAGUUUGUCAGUGGUUCAAAAAUAAUUUUGGGGUCUCUACCGCUAACCCACAGAUAUGGUGGCCAUCAGUUUGGUAGCUGGGCAGGACAGCUGGGUGAUGGAAGAGCUCACUUGAUCGGCAUUUAUACAAACAGAUUUGGAUCCAGAUGGGAACUGCAGCUCAAAGGUUCAGGAAGGACACCAUACUCUAGGAGAGGAGAUGGCAGAACUGUGCUUCGGUCUUCUAUACGAGAAUUUUUGGGAAGUGAGGCCAUGCAUUACCUUGGAAUACCUACAAGCAGGGUAGCUAGUUUAGUUGUAAGUGAUGACAACGUUUGGAGAGAUCAGUUCUAUAAUGGGAAUAUUAAGAAAGAAAGAGGUGCAGUUGUCUUACGUAUUGCAAAAUCAUGGUUUCGAAUAGGAUCAUUGGAAAUACUAGCUCAUUCUGGAGAACUGGAUUUAUUAAGGAUGCUGCUAGAUAUGGUCAUAAAAGAACACUUUCCAAAAAUAAAUAUAAAUGAUUCAAAUAAAUAUCUGGCAUUUUUCUCUCAAGUAGUAUCCGAGACGGCACAUUUAAUUGCCUUGUGGAUGUCAGUCGGCUUCGCUCAUGGAGUAUGUAAUACUGAUAAUUUCAGCUUAUUAUCCAUAACCAUAGAUUAUGGUCCAUUUGGCUUCAUGGAUGCAUACGACCCAGACUUCGUCCCAAACACAUCUGAUGAUGAAGGACGAUAUAACAUAGGAAAUCAGGCAAAUGUUGGAAUAUUUAAUCUGAACAAACUGCUAAAGGCUUUAAACCCUUUAUUUAAUCCAAGACAAAAGCAAUUGGCUUCUCAAAUACUUGAAGAAUACCCUCAACAAUAUAAUAAAGGCUUUUUAGAGUUAUUCAAGACAAAAUUAGGUCUGCUAGGUGAAAAUGAGGAUGAUGACUACUUGAUUGCUUUCCUUCUAAAACUCAUGGAAGAUACAAGAGCAGAUUUCACAAUGACUUUUUGGCAACUCGGUGAGAUUUCAGAAAACCAACUCAAAGAUCGCAACAUUCCUAAGGAAUUCUGGGCUUUGCAAGAUGUAGCCAAACACAAGAACUUUUCAACCUGGAUUGCUAUGUACUUCUUGAGAUUAAAAAGGAAUAUAGAUGAUUCAGACUAUGAAAGAAGGAGAAGAAUGAGCACUGUUAACCCAAGAUAUGUGCUUAGAAAUUGGAUGGCAGAAUCAGCUGUCCAGAAGGCGGAAAUAAAUGAUUUUUCAGAGGUUCGCUUCUUGCAACAAGUUUUGCAACAUCCAUUUCAGGUACAGGCAUUGGCUGAAAGAGCUGGUUAUGCACAGCGACCCCCUGCUUGGGCUAAGGAUGUUAAAGUCAGUUGUUCAUCUUGAUGAAAAUAAUUUCUAAUUAAAUUAAAAGGUGUCAUUUCCCUGUAAUAUAUUGUAUUAUUGUUGAAUUUCUUUUUUCCAUUGCUAGAUUUCUACAACACGCUAGGCUAGAUUAAAAUGGAACUCAGUGUUUGUGGA